CCUCCGCGGUCUGCGAGUGGCGCGGCCCGGGCUAGCGGGGCGUGCGUCGACGUCGCGGCAGUAGAGGGAUUCUGGGUAACGGCCCCGGCCGGCUGGAGCGGCUGGCUUCGCGCUGCAGGUUCCACUCACGCCUAGUCGGUUGGCGGUGGCAGUUGUGGGGGCGGGGGUCAGGUGGACAUGGAGCAGCCUUGGCCGCCGCCAGGACCUUGGAGCCUCCCUCGGGCCGAGGGUGAGGUUGAGGAAGAGAAUGACUUGGAUGUGUCUCCUGGUUCUCCCCGCUGUCUGCAGCUCCCGGAUGGCGGCCCCCAGAUAUAUAGCCAUGGGAUUGAACUGGCUUGCCAAAAGCAAAAAGAGUUUGUGAAGAGCUCUGUGGCAUGCAAAUGGAAUCUCGCUGAAGCUCAGCAAAAACUUGGUAGCUUAGCACUGCAUAACUCUGAGUCCUUGGAUCAGGAACAUGCCAAAGCACAAAUAGCAGUAUCAGAACUGAGGCAGCGGGAAGAAGAAUGGCGGCAAAAAGAAGAAGCUCUAGUACAGAGAGAGAGAAUGUGUCUGUGGAACAUGGAUGCCAUUAGCAAGGAUGUUUUUAAUAAGAGUUUUAUUAAUCAAGAUAAAAGAAAAGAUACAGAAGAUGAAGAUAAAUCAAAAUCAUUUAUGCAGAAAUAUGAGCAAAAAAUCAGACAUUUUGGUAUGUUGAGUCGGUGGGAUGAUAGUCAGAGAUUUCUGUCUGACCACCCAUACCUUGUAUGUGAAGAAACUGCUAAAUACCUUAUUUUAUGGUGUUUUCAUCUAGAAGCUGAACAGAAAAGGGCUCUAAUGGAACAAAUAGCACAUCAAGCUGUUGUAAUGCAGUUUAUUAUGGAAAUGGCAAAAAACUGUAAUGUGGAUCCAAGAGGGUGUUUUCGUUUAUUUUUCCAGAAAGCCAAAGCAGAGGAAGAAGGUUAUUUUGAAGCAUUUAAAAAUGAACUUGAAGCUUUCAAGUCAAGAGUCAGACUUUAUUCUCAAUCACCUAGUUUUCACCCUUUAGCAGUACAGAAUCAUGUUCCCCAUUCAGCUGUUGGAUCUAUAGGUUUGUUAGAAUCCUUGCCACAGAAUACAGAUUAUCUUCAGUAUUCUAUUAAUACAGCUCUCUGCAGUUUAAACUCAGUGGUACAUAAAGAAGAUGAUGAACCCAAAAUGAUGGACACUGUAUAAUUUGGUUAAGACUGCUGAAGCCAAGUGUUAUUUUGUUACAAGAAAGGAAGAACUUGGCUAUUUUCUUGACACUUUUAUGGGUGCUGCACUUUAUUUUUGUUUGGUUUUUGAUGGGAGGGAAAAAGAGUACUGAAAUGUUUUAUAAACUUUUUUUAAUGUGCUGCUAGGUUUUUUUGUUUUUUUUUUUUUUUUUUUCCUAAAGAGAAGAGUGGUACCAUAUGUUGUGGGGAAGUGAAACUGGACUCUUUUUUUUUUUUUUUUGGCUACUAAAUUUGCCUUUAAUCUUACUGUUCUCAAUUUUGGAAUCAAAGUAUGAAAAUCUGCACAAAAGCAAUGUUUACAAGAACUGGUUGAUUCUAGGAGGCAUCUGCUACAGUCUCUUUUUAUAUGGAUAUGUACAUGUCCUACUCUACAAAAAUGAUUAAAGAUAAAAAUGUACUUGUAUUCUACUGCUAAUUUAGCUGUGACAUCUGGUGUUUCAUCAUAUUAAAAGCAAUAAAUCAGUAGUUUAUAAUUACUAAAUAAGCUGGGUGUUACAAAUCAAAACAAAGUCUUUUCCCUUAAAUAAUACUACAUUCAUAUUCGACACCAUCAGUUAAAUCCUUGACUCUAACAUCAAAUUGUAUAGAUGCCAAAUUUACCCCAUAAAUAGCCUCAAAACUGUAUUCCUUAGAAAGUAAUUUUACCCUGUUGAUUUUAAGGGUUAUAAUGAUAGAAAAAGUGGUAAGACUAGAAAUAGAUUUUAUCAGCUUCAAGUUCACUCAUUAAUUUCUCUGCUUGACAUAGUCUGGGAUCUCUCAGGGAAUAAGUUUUAAAAGAAUAAUUGUGAUUUACAAGAACAAACAAUCUGAUUUAAAAGGAGGAGAAUCUGUAGAGCUAACUGCCUGAAACUGCCAGCUACCUAUUUCUAGACAUUUGGUGAUCUUUAUUGGUAAUGAUGACUUUUACUACUUUUUUCAUUUUCUCUAGUUUGUUAUCAUUUGAAUACCCUGAGCUUUUACUACUUCCUAUAUAAUUCACUUCAGAUAUACCAUGAUUUUUGAUGCCUGUGUUUGGAACUAGGUGACACUGCUUUUAUCCUUAUUAUUUAAGGAUUAAUCUAACUUACAGGAACACAAACUGCUUUGUAUUGGGUAUAGUCGGUCUGUGGCUCAGUCCUGUUAACACUAGUAGCAAACAUUUGGAAAAUGGCUAACUAGGACUGGGAAUUCCUCUCUCAACUUGAGAAACCAAAUAAUGUCAACAUACCUAUAUGGAGAUCAGAUCUGUGACCCUGACCUCAUUUUGCACCUUUUUAAAAAACUAACUGAGGUUAUAAAGAACUUAAUGCCCACAUAAAUGGACUGGAAUUACUGAAUCAUACUUCUGUAACACCACAAUCUUCUUGAUUGCCACAAUAAAGAUUUUCUUGUGCUUUUGAUAAGACAUAUAUACUCUAUAAUAAAAUACUUGACAUAUUUA